AUGGCAACAAAAAUUAUUAUCGCUAUUGUUCAUCGGAAUGCAGCAGCGGCACCACCAUCGGUUCUUGAUCCAAUCAGAACUAAAGAAUAUGCAACAACAACAAGAUUUCAAGGUAAAGCUUUAAUUGCAAGCAAUCCAAUGACAUUGAACAAUGAUAUCACAAUUCAUGGAAUUCGUAUUUCUCGUAAAUCAUGCACUUUCGUUUUGGCUAUUCUUUAA